UGCUUCGUUUUGCACCAUUUUACUGUGUUUUCUUUUUGUCCGUCAUGCUGUUGCUGUAAACAAAGAAUUUCCCCAUUGUGGGAUUAUUAAAGUCGUAUCCUAUCCUAUCCUGUAGAAAAUAAAACGAGGAUGUGAUAAAAAAAAAAAACCCAGAUGUCUGAUCACACUUCUCAGCUUCCUUUGGUGUGAGCAGCAUUUAACAUCCAAGUUAAGCAGCGGCUCAGUACAACAACCUCCAUGAACGGAAACAGUAGCAAGGACUAUACUGAGAAAUACACCUUGUUUACUCAUAAACUCUCAUACAAAUCCAUGCUAUUGGGGAUGUGAUAUACAGUUUGAUUAAACCAAACAAAUAUUUGCUUUUUGCUUUACAUAUAUGGGUCACUGUAGUCUUGAUGGUGUGAUGUUAAGUGGCUUGUUUUCCUAUUUAGUAGCAGCUCACUAACUCUUUAAUCCACGUAAGCCUUUGAUGCUUCACUAAAUCCACCCAAUCUGUUGAGUGUCUAUACUUAACAGCCCCAGUCAACAGAUCUGGGUCAGUAGAUGAUCGUGAGGCUCAACACUUGCUAAUGUUUGAACUAUGGGCACACCUUUAAAGAAUUCUACAGGUUGAACUGCGGGUUUAGUUUAGCGUCUUCAUUGUGGAUUGCUGAGGUGGAAUAAACCAAAAGUGGACGAGCAGCUGAGGAGGUGUGAGAAAAUGGAACUUCAAGAGCAAGUGGAGCACGACUGGAGCAGAUACUACAGCAACCAUCACCUCCACAGUGAGCUAAAAAGCAGCUCUGCAAAGCUGGAGAACGAUUCAGAUUAUUACUGCAGCAUCUGGACACAUGAGGAACCAAGACUACGCGGUUGCAACAGUUACUCGUUUGCUGUGGACGCUAGAAAAAGACUAGAGCAUCUGAAGUCUGGCUACAAACCCACCGUGGACCGACCGCUGUGCAAAAUGACCUGUCAAAGUGACAUUGAGACAAAAAGAGAAGAGUCUGCUUUGGACUUGGUAGAACUAAUUGAUGUGGAAGAUGAGGAGGAGGAUGAAGAGAGCUGGUUAUACAAGUCUCCAAAGCAGCGGGCGCCUGUUGGGAGCGAGUCUGCUCUCAGGUGGUGCCGACACGUCCUGGAUAACCCCAGCCCUGAGAUGGAGGCGGCGCGACGUGUGCUCAUCAACCGGCUGGACCGAAGCUCCCACAGUCCCUUCUACAGACGGCCUGCAGGCAGGGCCACCGUGGGCUCCUCUACAGACAACACACCUGUCAGCUCAGCACAGAAUCAGUCUGACAGUUCAGAUAAUAAGAUGAGCAUCUCCAGUGACCCCAUAAAUCCGAACUACAGACUGCAGGACAUGACAGAUGUCCACAUUAUGGCUUGUCUGCAAGAAGCCAGUCUGCGACAGAACUUUGUUUCUGUAUCAUCUGCUGCUUCAUCCAGGAGAGGCUCUGAGGCACCAGCGAUGCUUCCCUCUUAUUUCAACAGCAACAAUGAAACUGUUGAUGGUAUCGGUCCAGGAAGUAACAGACAGGCUUCGUCUUCCUGUCGUUGGCAGCAGAGCCUGUCGUCGCUGAUUUCUUCCACUUUGCAGUCACCGACGUCAGCAGCUAAGCCCGGCUGCCAAAGUCCCAAACUGGCCAGACUCCAUCAGCAAGUCACCCAGUUCAAGCUGCUCAAACGUGCCCAGAAUCAAGCAACAUCAACAGCAAGGACCAGGUCGCCUCUGAGGACCAGCCUUCGUUCCCUCCAGGCAGUGAGGAACAGCCGGAGUUUAGAAACUGAUGACUGGCAUCCCGCUGAUCACACUGACUGUUCUCCACCAGGUGUGUCAUAUACCAAGGAGGGCUCCAGUGGCUGUUCUCCAUCACUGUCGGCAGCAUCCAGGGACUCGAGUGGCUUGUUGCCCUCGGUGAGAGACUCGGUCCGGACUGCAGCCAUUAAGGGACUCCACAGGUCUCAGUCUCUCAGCCCCUGCAGGAUUCCCCACGCUGCUAAGGCUCAUCUGUCCCUUCACGGACGUGUCUUUGCCUCAUCUGAGAGGUCAACCACGGUAGCUUGGACCAGAAACACGCCACCUGCUCAGUGGUAGAGCACAUCAGUGUGUCACAUACCUUGUACAUUAAUAAGCUGACUGAGAUCUAAACGACCUUACUCUAAAAUAUCAUGUAAGAACAACAAUGGGAGGACAGCAUCAAGUGUCCUGACGUCUAUAUUCUAUGUUAGACAUGUUAGACAUCCUUGCGUAUCAGUGUAACAAUGUAAACUAUUGAAGAGUAUCGAAGUCAAAGGAAUGUAAACAUGGGGCAGGGGCAAAUAAGUGAACCCAUGCAGACGUCCUUGAAUAAUAGUCUGUGCUGUAGCGUCAGUGAUGUAUCAUAGAUUCUGAAAGGUUUUACAUAAAUUUCACCAUUGAUCUAAAUGUGGAAGUUCAGUCAAACUUCACUUUACUGGGUGAGCCUACGGAGGUGUUGCAACAGGAAGCGUGUAGAUGUUUAACCAGUGGCUGCUGCAUAAUAGAAGCGGUGCUUGUUACCAGGAAACAGAGCUGCAGUUUCCUUCUGACACUUCGGUGGGGACUGCAUUCUGCUGAUGCUUUUUGUGGUUAUGACAUAGUCGUACAAAUGCAUUUCCAAUUUUAGCUUUUGCUUUAUAUUUUUUUCAUUCAAUAUUCAUAUACUGUAAGGUGACAGAGGGGGUGAUUGUAGUGUAGACGUCAUUAAAUGCAUCUUUAGUGUCUAGUUUGAAAUUUAAGAUCUAAUUGUUCUGAUUAUCUAAAUUUUAUACCAAAAUAAUAGUUUUUGUGUAACUCUAUGUCAUCUAAUUUGUUUUUGUAUCUUAAA